AUCGUGAAAAAUAGCGCGCCAGUCCGAAGUCUGAAGAGAAAACAAAAGUUGCUGUUUCAGCGCCAGUGGAUGUUGUUAAAGGUGACAGUUAGAAGGCUGUAUUUUUCGGUUUGCUUUGUGCUGUCUGUGUUUUAAGAGUGUGUUAAAGCCUGCACAGAAAACCAUCGUUACAAUGAAGCUCAGCAGUGGUGUCUUAUUGGAGAUUCUGAAUGGAGCAACUCCCGAGAAGCCUGUCCUGCAAGUUAUCAAUGCAAAGAAAAUAACUGCGCCCAACACUGUAGACAGAUAUCGACUGCUGCUUUCGGACGGGGAUCAUACGUAUUCCCAUGCGAUGUUGGCCGCUCAGAUGAAUAAGUUCUUGGAAAAUGAAGAACUUACAAGCUAUUCUAUUAUUGAGGUGACCAAGUAUAUGUGCAAUACCCUUGGUGAAAAACGUGUCAUUAUUCUGCUGGACCUAAAAGUCAUAACCAGCGGUACUGACGUUGGAGAAAGAAUUGGGAACCCUGCCCAGCUGGGCCCAAAUAACAUUCCCAAACCCUCUGAGGUACAAAAAGUUGACAAUGAUAACAGUGUCCCCACUGCAGGAGCAAACAGCAUAGCCCAGAAAGGAACAUUGCAGGUGAAGAACAACCAAAACAAUAACAACACUGUCAUGGCAAACAACUCUUCAACGCCAAAUACUCCAAACCGUGCUAUACAUGUGAUUGCGAGCCUCACUCCCUACCAGAACCGUUGGCGCAUCAGGGCAAGGGUUACCCACAAGUCUAACGUCCGAACUUGGAGUAACUCAAGGGGUGAGGGCAAGCUCUUCAAUGUGAACCUUUUGGAUGACAGCGGAGAAAUCCGCUGCACUGGAUUCAAUGAUCAAGUGGACAAGUAUUUUGACAUGCUUGAGGUUAACAAAAUCUAUUACUUUUCAAAGUGCACUCUGAAGACGGCAAACAAGCAGUACUCAACUCUGAAAAACGACUAUGAGAUGACAAUGAAUGCUGAAACCAUAAUUGAGCCGUGUAAUGAUGACGUCAGCCUCCCAGUUUUAACCUUUGAUUUUGUUAAGAUAUCCGAUCUGGAGAAAUGCAAGCCAAACUCUAACAUUGAUGUUGUUGGUAUCGUCAAAGUUUGCAACGAUGUUGGUACAGUGAUCGGUAGACAGUCACAGAAGGAAAUCACAAAGCGAGACCUCCAGAUCGUAGAUCAGUCUGGAGUGGCUGUCAAUCUCACUCUGUGGGGAGAAGAUGCUGUAAAAUUUGACGGCCAAGGUUACCCUGUUGUAGCUGUAAAAGGAGCCAGGGUUUCAGAUUUCAGUGGCAGGUCUCUUUCUGUCUCUGGUGCCAGUCAGAUGAUGGUUAAUCCCGACAUAAAGGAAUCCCACGUCUUGCGUGGGUGGUUUGAGAGUGAAGGCAGGGACCUCUCGUUCAGCACAUUCCAGAGUGAGGGUGGCUCAGCUGGAGGAAACUCAACCAACUGGAAGAUAUUCCAGCAGGUGAAGAAUGAAAACUUAGGCCAGGGUGACAAGGCGGACUACUACACAGCCAAGGGCACUGUGAUGUUCAUGAAGAAAGACAACUGCAUGUACCAAGCUUGUCCUACGGCAGAGUGCAACAAGAAAUUGAUCGAUCAGGGCAACGGGCUGUACCGUUGCGAGAAGUGCAAUCGGGAGUUCCCCAACUACAAGUGGAGGAUGAUUCUGCAGGCCAAUGUGGCUGACCACUCGGACAACCAGUGGAUCACCUGUUUCCAAGAGUCUGCCGAGCAGAUGCUGGGUAUCAAGGCCGAUGAGUUGGGGUCUAUGAGGGAGCAGGAUGAGAUGCAGUUUGAUCAGGUGAUGAGGGACGCGCUGUUCAAGCACUACAUCUUCCGCAUGCGGGCCAAGGUGGAGACUUACAACGACGAGAGCCGCCUGAAGACGGUUUGUGUUUCAGCAACUCCCGUCAACUGGCAGGAAUAUGGUAGGAAGCUUGUGGAGCAGAUUGAGCAGUUGGGUGUGUGAAAAGUAUGAAGACCGCUUUUGGGUGUUUCUUUGUGCUUUUCCCCCCUGUUGUAUUGUUUUCUUUAACUUCAAGAUGUAUUGUGAAAUACUUGAGACCAGUAGGAAUGUUUUGUUUCGAGUAAUCAUAUUCUUGGUUCUGUUAUUUUUUUUCGUAUGUACAGUUUAAUUUCACCAUAAUAUAAUACCUUGCACUCAAAGCUAAGCCAAAUUAGGUGCAUACUUAUUGUUUUGCUGACAUUUAAUUUUUGUUUUGUUUUUGCUUUUGUUUUGCUUUUUUUUCUAUUUAAACUUUUUUCAUUUUUAUAGUUUUGAUCUUUUCUUAGAAAUAUUUCGUUUUCUUUUUGGUGCUGGUGUCACAUCAAGAGUAAUUGGGGGGAGAACCCGUAAGUUGUGUACUGAGUAAUAGAAAGGGUGUUUUGUUUUGGGGUUUUUUAAUUAAAUUUCCAACACCACCCUCCCCCCUUAAUGAUUAAGCAGUUUAUAGCUAAGUGCUGGUACUGUGCACCUGCACUUUUCGUUCAAUGUUUUGAUUUUCUUUGAGAAAUUAACUUGUGCUGUCUUAAUACAUUGCUCUGUUUUUUGCUGAUGAUGCCAGUAAUUGACUAGCACACAAAGCUCAUAUUGUAUCAAUGUUAGACCUGCAUGCUUCUAAAUGCCAAAAACAAGUGUAAUAAAUGUACCUGGAUAGGACCCUAGGUUCUGUUGAUGCAAAGCUUUUAUCGGUAUGUGGCUUGAAAUGGUUGUUAGAGGCUUUACCUCUCAAUUUGUGUCUUCUUAUUUUGAAAGUGGCAUGAUAAAGGUCCAGGGGACAGGAGUAUGGCUUGUGUUUUAAGACCUCGCAUCCUUUUAUUUUAUUUGCCGAAAACAAGUGUAAUCAUGGUGUACUUGGACAAGAUCCAGGGUUCUGUUGAUGCAAAACUUUUUAUCGGUAUGUGGCUUGAAAUGGUUCAAGACCAAGGUCUGAGAAGAAAAUCACAUUUUGGGGUUGAAUUCAUCAUAGGCUGUGUUGUCCCUUACAACAAGGUACAAAAGCAGUAGCAUACAUGAAGGAAUAAAGGCCAUUGCUGUAGUUGUGCUGAUCCAAGAGACAUAUGUGAAGCGUGUUGACAAAAUGAGUUACUUCUCGGGUUCAAGCCUUUUAAAAAAAAAUAGAUACAUCAUUUUUAUUACAUCACACUUAUAGGUGAAGUUUUUACAAUUUAUAAAGUAUGAAAUAAUAAAAGACAUGUCAUAGUUUAAGAAAACGGCGUCAAUAGAAAAUCUACAAAUUUGACCUUAUUGUCGAUUUUUGGCCAAUAUCUCCAUUUGUCGAUUGCGAGAAGUAACUCAUUUUGUCAGCAUGCCUCACAUAUUAAUAAUUAAACUUUUUGAUGUAAUGUAAUACAGUUUAUAAAUAGAAAAGUGGAAGGUGGAAGUUAAAGUCGCAGAACUGACAGUUUUUGGUGCAUUGGUUACCAUAUAAUAUUAUGGGCUUUGGUUUUAUAGUUCUGUAUCAUGUAUGUGAAUAAAUUAUAGGUGCAGAGGGUAGAAAUACAACGAGAGAGGGUCCACUGCAUUGUUUUGCUGCUGUGAGGUUGCACUGCUUUGUUCUUGAUUUUUUGGUAAAGUACCCGGUAACACGGGCAUUAUUAUUAGGUUCUCAAGACGUCAAGGGUCCAACCAAUGUAAUUAAUGUGUAGAUUUGGUUUCUCUCAGCUGUUGUUAAAUAAUGUUAAUGUCUUUCUUUCUUUUUAGGUCAAAGUUUUGUAUAUUGGUAAGACACUUAAUAGAUAACUUACUGGCACAGUAUAGGUUACCAGGAUUUGAUAUUAAAUCCCUACACCGGUAGUUUUGCAGUUUUUCUGAGCUAAGACUAAGACUUCUUUGCUCAGACCUAUCAUCAGAGUCUGAAAUUGAAUUUAAAUGAUUGCCAUUAUCAUUAUUGUCAUGUUACAAAUGGGUUGCGUGUAUUGUUGGAACCAGUCAAUGAU